UGCGUGAGAUGGAGUGCGCUCUCAGACUCAAAAGGAGCAGCCCCCAUCAAGUGCAAAACCCCGCAAGAAAUCAUGCAGCUCUACGGCAGCUACCUGACCCUCAGGGAGCAAAGAGAACUCUUGGCCAUGCAGGAGAUAUGGUACCUUGGGCUCCAAAAUCAGGCCCGGGGCAAGUACAACCAUGGCUACGAUGACGACCAACACCGUUAUAUUCCGGUAAAACACGAGCACCUCAACUUUCGGUAUGAGGUGCUGAAGACGAUUGGGGAGGGCGGUCAAGGCAUAGUGGUCGAGUGUCUUGACCACAUGACAAACACCCUGGUGGCGGUGAAAAUACUCAGAACUCCAUUGAGCGCCAUGAAUAACAAUUUCCAGUUGAGGGAAAUACAAAUCGGGAUCAUACUUCAGGAGAGUGACACCGACGACUCCAACAUCAUCAAGAUGCUGGAUUGGUUCCAGUUCAGGAAGCACUACACCAUCGUCUUGGAGCUGUUGAGUGGAACUCUGGAUGAUUGGAUUGGUAACAGGAAAUCCAAGUCCCUUCGGAUGGAGAUGGUGAAAAUAUACACCAAGGCGAUCCUCACGUCCCUGCGUCACAUCCAUUCGAAGACAAUCAUUCACGGUGACCUCAAGCCUGAAAACAUCUUGGUCAAGGACCGCGUGGCAGGGACCAUAAAGGUCGCCGACUUUGGACACAGCUUCGUUGAGGGUUAUCCAACCUCCUUGACCUUCAGUACCGUCAAGCACAUGUCUCCGGAGGGAAUCUUGGGCUACUCGUCCACCAACUCGGUCGACAUGUGGGCUCUGGGAUGCACGGUGGCGAAGAUAGCAACCGGAAAAUCCAUCUUCGAACCCAUCAACUUCUACGACCAGUUGGGGUGCUGCAUGGAGGUCCUGGGGCUGCCUCCGGACUACUUGGUGAAUAACGCUCCUAAAAGAAAGAAAUACUUUGCCUGCAGUGUAACCAGGGCGGCCUGCCGGAUGCAUCCGCCAAGGAGCCAAAGAUGUUUGGCCGCCAUCGAGUGCCAGGGAGUCGCCCCGCUCAGCAAGCUGCUCGCGAACUACGACCCGGAGUUUGUGGACUUCAUCAGCUGCUGCCUCCAGUAA